ACCCAACCCGAAAUGCAAUUUCCCACCACCGCCCCGAGAUUCAAAAUCAAAUCGAAAUCGCCAAACCUCAAAACCCUAAAAUCAAGCCCUCAAUGGAGUCUCCAAAACCCAAGAAGGGCGCCGGCGGACGCAAGGGCGGCGGCCCAAAGAAGAAGUCGGUCUCCCGCUCCAUCAAGGCUGGGCUCCAAGUCGGCCGUAUCCGAUACUCUCAAAAGGGGCGAAUACGCCCAGUCACGUGUUUCGGCAGCGGCGCCCCGGUUUACCUCGCCGGUCUCGAGUACCUCGCGGCCGAGGUGUUGGAGCUGGCGGGAAACGCGGCACGUGACAACAAGAAGAACAGGAUCAUACCGAGGCACGUGCUGCUGGCGAUAAGGAACGACGAGGAGCUCGGGAAGCUGCUGGCGGGGGUCACGAUCGCUCACGGUCUGCCCAACAUCAACCCCGUGCUUUUGCCGAAGAAGACGAAGGAGGGGGUCAGCAAGGAGCCGAAAUCGCCGAGGAAAUCGCCCAAGAAAGCUUAGCCGUUUUUUUCAAUUAUAAAUAGCGUUUUCGUUGGGGGUGGGGUCUUUUUGUAUGUACUUUGGGCGUUGUUCUGGAUCCAGCUUAGAAGUUUGGAGUAUGUAGUAAUUUUCCCUCUUAUAAUCGAUGUCUUUUUAUAUGAGAAUUGAGUUCCUGAUGGCUAAUGUUAUGGAAUAUAUAUUAAUGUUAUCAUAUAACGUGUUGUGGA